UGUGAAAUAUUGGAAAUAGCAGCUGUGUACAUGAACCUCUCAUUUAAAAGGUACAUUCUACCUAGAAAAGCUAUAUCACCAUCGGCGUCGGCACUGAAUAAUUUAACAUUCGACGGUCAAUAUUUGUAUUAUAAGACAAAACAAGUUGAUGCAAUUCCUUGUGUGCAGGCCCUGAAAGAAUUUUUAGUAUUCUUGCAUCAGGUAUCGAAAAUAAUGAAUAACUCUUAUAUAUUUCUGGCGGCUCAUAAUGGCGACCAUUUUGAUUUUAAACACUUGUUUAGAACGUUCAGGGAAGUUAAUUUAAUAGACGCUGCUCUGGCCAUAGUUUACGGUUGUCUGGAUUCUCUUCUAUUCCUCAGAGAACUUUACCCCAAGCUUCUUUCACACAAACAGGAAGAUUUGGUAAAAAAUUUUUUAGGACUGGAAUACACAGCACACAAUGCACUGGACGAUGCCAAAUUCUUGCAACGUUUGUUA